AUGGCGCUGCGUCUGGCACUGCGCAUGGCGCUGCUGCUCCUCUCCGGGGUGCUGGCCCCGGCGGUGCUCACAGCCGAGGGGCCGCAGGAGCCGGUGCCCACCCUGUGGAACGAGCCGGCCGAGCUGCAGUCGGGGGACGGCGCGGUGGAGAGCAGCAGCGCGGCGCGGGAGCCCGAGGCCAGGCCCCCGGCCCCCAGCGCGGCGCCGGGCCCCGAGGACAGCACCGCGCGGGAGCGGCCGGACCCGGGCAGCGGCUCGCUGGGGCCGGGCGCCGUGGCGGCCGUGGUCAUCGCCGCGCUGCUGGCCACCUGCGUGGUGCUGGCGCUCGCGGUCGUCGCGCUGCGCAAGUUCUCCGCGUCCUGA